AGAGUCAAAUACUGUGUUUGUCUGUGUUGGUUCUGUGCUUCUUCCUGCAGCUUUUUCUAUUCAAAGGAUGUGAUAAUUCAACCUGGCAGGAGAAAUACCUGCAUUGGAGAAUGUACACUUUAUAUAAGCUAUGCUGCAGGAAUAACUGACCUAAUUCUUAAUUUCAUACUUCCAGUAACGACCAUCAUAGUUCUGUAUUUGAGAGUAUUUGUGGUGGCUGUGUCUCAGGCUCGUGCCAUGCGCUCUCACAUUACAGUCGUCUCGUUUCAUUCAGUGACAUCAGGAACAAAGAAAUCAGAGUUAAAAGCAGCCAGGACUCUUGGGGUUCUAGUUGUUGUAUAUYUAAUGUGUUACUGUCCAUAUUACUGUUWCUCUUUAGUUGRKRUUARUYUAACYARUAMCUCYUAUKCRUYWWUUUUGUWUUUCYUSUYCUAUUUWAACUCWUGUUUAAACCCUYUGAUCUAYGCCCUGUUCUACCCCUGGUUCAGAAAAGCUGUUAAAGUCAUUGUUACUCUACAGAUACUGCAGUCUGGCUCACGUGAGGCCAAGCUGCUGUGAACACACU